UGGAGGUCGAAGCUAUUCCGCCGGAAUUGGAAAAGGUGAUCCAGUCCAGGAGUAACGGUAACCCUGGAUGGAUUGAAAGCUUCUUGAUCAGCUUGGAGCAGUCUGGCGGGUUGUUUAUCAAAACCAUCACCAGGAAAGUGGCUUACGAAACUGGGCUAGUCCUGCCGCCAUUAUACAUGAUGGAAAGAUUAUCCGAGGAAGAGCAAAAGCUUUGGAUCGAAAUUAUGGAAGAAGGGGAAUCCCAAAUGGCAGACCCCUAUUCCAAUUGGAAAAUGUAUGUGGACGCAUGCUGGGAAAGCCAUCCAAAUUUGGCAGCCGUUAAGUCCCUCGGGGAAAAAUUUGAUUUGGAAACGCCAAUAAAAGUCUGCGUUCUCAAUCCAUCUUUUAACAUUGACGAAGUCGAUCCAGAACUGGCAAUCGACGUUAUUAUAUUAAAAACAUUCGAUUCCCUAACAUCCUACGAACAACUACUCAUCAAAUGUAGCGCGAUUCUAGGAGACAUAUUUCCGAGGGACAUGUUGAUGUAUAUUAUGGCGUCUAGCGCCGUUAGAUUGACGGCUUUGGCUGUAAAAAAGCUAUUCGAGAUACACGUGCUCAGUUGCGCCAGAGGCAACUUUUUAGAGGGUGGUUUGGUGUUUACUGAACGUUUCAAAAAUCCCAACGAAAAUACUGAAGUUGCUUGUGAAUGUCAGGGACUAAUAAUCGACGAAAUUUGUCAGGAUUUGCCUAAAUACGCUUCGUGCGGAUAUAUGAGGUUUUUGUCAACGACUUUUAGGGAAACCACUUAUAAUUUGUUGACUGACAAUCAAAAGAGGGAGUUCCAUGCCAGAGCUAUUCGCUAUUUGGAAAAGGAGACUAGGAAAUGCCGGGCGUGUGGCAAUGGAUAUUUUACCAAACAUAUGGGGAACAGAUUGGAUUAUGAUUUAAAAAUACUGAGCAGAAAAAAGACUAGAAAACCCGAUAAAAAAGCGUUCCGCUCAUCAGAUCAGACAAGCGGUAUAACUGGUGCCUCAAUUCUUCAAGAAAGCGACACGUUGCGCUUCUCCAUUUACAGCCAAGAAAGUGGCCAUUCAAACGUCGGCUCCAGAUUAUUUAGAGACUCUGGAGGCUAUAGCUAUCCAUCGGUAACCGUUACAUCUCACGUGGGAGAAAAUUUAACUAUUUCAGGUUCCAACAAAAGCCUCGACGACGAGAUAGAAGAGGGCGAGUUUCAAAUGAUCGAUUCCCGUAUAGGAUUUAGAACCAUAAAUAAAUACAAAGAUGAUUAUAAUAUCACAAAAACGUUUUCUGAUGCGGACUACAGCCAGUGUACUUGUCUACUCAUUUUGAACACCAUGUAUACACAAAUGAUUGAGCAUUGUAGUGGAGCAGGUUUAGUGGAAAAAUUAAUGGGCGCAAUGAUUGAUUUUUGCUACAUUUGCAUAGAAUCUCAAAACGUUAUACAAACUCUGAAGAUUCUAGAAGAGGCUUUGGACCUUUUAGAUGGCCCGUUGAAACAAACAUUGGAACUGGAAUGGAUGGUCACGUUUAAAAGGGGUAAGCUCUUUGCCAUAAUGGGCUAUGCCAGAUUACAAAUGGAACAGUACGAUGAAGGCUACAAACAUUUGGUUGAUGCUCUUGACUGCUACGGAAUAAAAUUUCCUUCCAACAUUCUAUCGCUUCAAAUAGCGAAAAUGUGCCUUGGCUUCCAGCAAAACGUGUCGCUUUUCUUAUUUCCUAGGAUGUUUAUAGGAAAAAGCAAUGAUGACGAUAUGUCUAACUAUUGCAACGAUGUAUCCGAGUGUUUGGGCUACUUGUACGAAUAUUAUAGGGCGAAAAAACAGUACCAUCACGCAAAAUUGGCCGCUUUAUGGUCGCUGCGCGAAGCCAAAUGGUCAGAAACUGAUUUUUCACGAAUUUGUAUGGCCUACGCUAACAUUAUCUCCAUUUCUACGUAUUUCGGGGAACAAAGACACAGUGUGGCACUGGAAGUGUUCUCGUUCGAGUUGUGUCAAAGGAAAAAGACGGUUGUAGAACGGGAGGAGCUUAUGGCUAUUGCUAAAAUGUACAAUGCUAUAUUUUUUGCAAGAGCAGCAAGAGCGGAAAUCGAAAAGUCGAUACAUAUUGGUUACCUUCUAUGGAGGAUUGGCUCAUCUACUAGCAUGACCGAACUUUUAUUAAGUUUCCUACCUCUUUUGGUAAUGCUAAUUCUAAUGAGGAAGCAUAUCAAUGUAGCUGGAAAUAUCAUGCAAGAAAUUAGUAUGACUGCUGCUGAGGAUACGGACAUUUCUGGAAAAUGUUGGUAUUACGCCCUCUGUUUAAGUUUUCAUUUGGAAACGGGCUUAAUAAUCAUUCCCAUUCAUGAGUGUAUAACUUUUUCACAAGGAGAAGGAAAAGAACCCGCCGUGAGGGAUCCUGAUUCUAAAAAGAGGCUGAUAGUGGCCAUAUGGUUAUGGCAUAUUCGCACCGAAAAUUGGGAAGGUGCUUAUUUGUGGGAAGAAGAUGUGAUGAAUUUUGAUUUGCGAAGCGAAGGGGAAACAAUUCAAAAUUUAUUGACUGGCCUUUAUGUUUUGGAAGGCCUUAUUGUGAAUAUGUCACGAAAAAUGGACGACAAGAAUAUCCAAUUGGCCGAUAAAUUGGAGAACAAAAUCGAACAUUUUUUUAAAAAGAUGUUAAAGGCUGGAGAAUCGAAUAAAAUCAUUUUGCCGAGGAUAUAUCAUUUCAAGGCGUACUAUCACGUUUGCAUGACGAAUAAGUACAAUGAGACGUUCAAACGGAUGAGAAAGGCUGUGACGCUGGCAUCGAACAUGGGAAAUGACAUGGAGAUUUCCUGGAUUAUUCAUAAUGAACAGGCUCUAUGCAACAAGCUCUCUAAACAGGACAAGAAUUUUUGGCGGGUGCAUGCUGAGGAUGAUAAUCAUAUUGAGUAUAACGAAUCUGACGAAUACACCGAGGAUUUUAAGCAUUACACCUUACCAGUUCCAAUCAACUUAUAA